CACAUUGUUUUUAGUUUUCGUAAAUCAUCUGAUUUCAUCCGGAUUUUCUACGGUUUUAAUUAUAUUUUUACACCGUUUUCAUUAACGUUGUUGGUGUGAAUUUUAAGUGUUUAAGUUAUUUAUGAUGGAUCACGAGGAUGACUCCUCUUCUUCUGCUUCACGUGAUCGUGAAAAUUUUAGCGAGCGUGAUUUACUCUCACGUAUCAAGCGACUGGAAAAGAAGCUAAAAAGGAAAAAACGUCGGCGCAAUAGACGUUCACGGUCUCGCUCCAGGUCUUUACAUCACUCAUCGAGACAACGUAGAACAUCUUCGGUUGAGAUGGGUUCACCUGUUGAAUUUGAAAGCCGUCCUGCUUCUAGCCUUGAUACUCCACAGAUUGCUUCUGUUUCUAAUAUGGGGUCUCUUAAUGACAUACUGCCAUUGCCACAGCCUGAAAUGACUGAGAAACAGGAAUCUCUUUCGGAGAAUAUUCUUGCCUUAUUAGGUGAAACAUCUUCAGCUACAAAUAUUGGAACUGCGAUUCAUCCAGAAGUUGCAGUGAGGUGGAAUCGAAUUUUGAAGGAUGGAUUAUCAGAUGAUGUUCGUAAAGGACUCCUUCAGAAAUACCCACCAUUAGCGAAUGUGACUAAUGUACCAAAAUUGAAUCUCGAGGUACGAGGUGCUCUUUCGGAAGCAGCAGUACAGAGAGAUGAAAGACUUAUUUUAAAACAGCAGCAAAUUUCAAGUUGCAUAGCAGCACUGGGUCCCCUCGUCUCUCAUUUUUUGGAGGGAAUUGACACAAACAACUCGCUUCUGGAAACAGCAAGUGAUGCAGGUCGACUGCUAGCUGAUCUGUUUCAUUCAGAAUCCAUGUCGAGAAAAAUUUUGUCGUCAUCGGGACUGAACAAUAAGCUACGUAAUACGGUUCUCUCUGGCUCAAAUGACGAGUGGUUGUUUGGUACCGAUCUUGGAGAGCGGAUUAAAUCUGCAAAAGUAUUGGAAAGGUCUUCCGCCGAACUAAAAACUAAGACUCCAUCGGCCAAACCGUCUACCAGCUAUAAUUUAAACUCCAAACGUCCGUCCUUUUUUCCACCUCGUCGAAUUCAGAAAGUUCCCUUCAAACAGGACGGACGACGACAAGCCUCACAGAAGGGACAUCUUCCUCGGUCGUCAGGAAGGAAUUACAGACGCCCUUACAAGAAAGACGAUGCGAAGAAAUAUUGAAUACGACAGUCAGCAAUGUGUCUACAUCCGCUUGCAAAGACGCUUUCCCUGGUGGCAGGACGUAUAUCAGGAACACACUCCUCAAGAGAGGAAUCCCAAUACAAGCUGUAGACGUCAUGCUAUCAUCGGUUACAACUUCUACUAUGCGACAGUAUUCUACAGGAUUGAAACGCUGGUGGUGUUUCUGCGCAUCAAGAAACAUGGAUAAUACUGUGCGUGAUUUUUCACGCGUAUUACUAUUUUUAUCAGAAGAAUUUCAAAGAGGGGCCUCUUAUGGAACUCUUAACUCCUACCGAUCAGCGCUAGCAUUUCUUCUCUCUCCAGCAGUUGCUGUUGACCCAGAUAUUAAAAGGUUUUUCAAAGGCAUCCAAUUGUUAAGACCUACUAUGCCUCGCUAUGAAGCUUCUUGGGACCCUCAAGUGGUGUUAAAGUAUUUGUCUAGCCUUGACUCAAAUAAUAUUCCAUUGCCUAUAUUAUCUCAAAAGUUAACUACUUUAAUAGCCUUAGCCACGGCACAGAGACUGCAAACCUUAUCUGUGAUUGAUGUCCGAAAUAUAAUAGAGCUUCCUAGUGGCAUAGAAAUAAAUAUUCCAGACCGACUAAAAACAUCUCGACACUCUACUUUCCAACCAAUUUUGUUUUUUCCACACUUUAGAGAUAACCCUCAAAUCUGUGUAGUACGUAAUAUUAAAAUUUAUUUAGAAAAAACGACGUUGCUGAGAGGCUCUUCUAAUCAUCGCCUUUUAUUAACAUUAAAAAGACCUUUUCGAGCCGCAACCGCUCAGACCUUGAGUAGGUGGAUAAAAUGCAUUUUACAAAAAAGUGGAAUUGAAACUACAGUGUUUACGGCCCACUCUACUCGUCAUGCGAGUACGUCAGCAGCAGCACGGAAGGGAGUGCCUUUAGACGUUAUUCAUAAAACGGCGGGAUGGUCUACCACGUCAGCAGUGUUUGCCAAACACUACAAUAGACCACUUAUUAAUAGGAGUGCGUUUGCAACUGCGGUUUUAUCGUGAUAUACGAUAGUUUAUAUAGUAAUUUAGUUUAGUUAUUUUAAUAGUUAGUUGUCAGGUUAAUGUAAUAAAUUCAUUAAUCAACAAUGAGUUUGUGUGUGUCGCUCAAGCUUUAAACAUCUACAUGUCUUAGAUCAUAGAGGGCGGAGCGCGAAUAUAAUUAUAUGAUCAAACGAACUUACCUGUUGUGAAGUUCGAUCAUAAUUAUAUGAAGCGCUCCGCCUGAGAUGAUCUAACCCUCCCAACCCAGAAUGUUAACAUUGACUUAUACCCAGAUCAUCUCUGAGCGACACCUAGCUUUAAAUAAAUGAGUUCUUCCCUACCGACA